AAGUGAUGCUAUUCUCCCAAAGAAGUUAAUAAUAAUUCCGUAAUAACUUGACAACCUUGCUAAUAAUUUGGAAGGAUUCACUCAAACAAGCUUAAAUUUUUUUGUAAUUGAAUUAGUGCUUAUUAAUUGCAUUGCUAAAGUGUAUUUUUGCCAUAUUUUAAACACAAGUAUGAGAGAUACAAUAAUUAGCGAUGCCUUCUUAUAUGCUUGCUUUCUACUGUCAGUUAUUCAACAGCAACUUCAUAAAGGCUGAAGACUUCGUGGUUAACAUCCGUUCCAAGGAAAGCAAAGGAUAUCUUCAAAAGAUUUUUUAAUAUCUAUUUCCUAAUUUAGACAACUACAUUCUUACCACGCUGUGCUGUGGGAUUAAUCUAUAUUUUUUUCCACCAUACCCGUUAAACAACACACAACUCCCUUUUUCACAUCUUUAUCUCUGGAUAAAAUUUUAGCAGAUGGACCAAAGAGAAAUCCAUCUUCAAAAUAUGGGCAUCUGCUACAAGCUCUACCAUUUUAUUACUAAAACUCUGGCGUCGCAAGUGUUGAAGACAGUGACUUUAGGGUGUUCUACGCAUUACAGUUCAACCUCAACUGCACCAAGGGGUUCAGAGACACCAUAUGAAGAUGGUAAUGAUAAGGAGUUCUCUCAUACACAAGGUCUCUUAUGUGACUCUAUUUAUUCUCCUGCACAGCAGGCUCAACAUAAGGAUACUCCAUGCAAGAACAUCGAUGAGAAAGUCAGAGAAAAUACGACAACUUUGCCGACGACACCCUUACCAAAAAGAAUAUCUCUAAGAAAAGUGGUAAGCAUAAAUGACAAUGUGGAAGAGAUUCUACCGGGUAAAAAGAACAAGAGGAGGAUCAAGUCCUUCCAAAAAUCAAGUUCCCUGGAUCAAGAAGAAGAACCAGAGCCUCUGCGAUCAAUUCUGAAAGUAGGUUCCGAUCUCAAGGACUAAUCCAAUUCCAUUUGUUGAUUAUAUAUUUCGAUCGUAACAAUACUAGCAGUAAUAAUAUAUGUUAUGAAACAGCAGAGUAGCUGUUAUGAAUGUGGUGUGUAUAGCCUUACAAUCUCUUCAUGCAUUGGGAAUUCCAUAACUACAAGUAGCUUCUUUCUUUGUGUUAA